AUGAUGAAUUUCAAAAGUGGUGUUUCGCUCGGUCAGCUCAACGAUGACUACAAUCAAUUGAGUAGAACAAAAAACAGGCUAGCAGCCAAAAGAAACAUUUUAAAGACCUCCAGUGAUAACCCUCUCGAUUUCAAAUCAACCAUUCUCGACUCUAAAUUCGGUGGUUUAUCAUUCUAUGAAUCGGGUUUGUUCCCGGUCAAUGUUGAUGAUCAAUUCACGUUUUUAGCAAGUGAUGAUGAAAAAGUUAUUUUACAUGGUAAAUUAGAACCAUGCCGAUACAAAAUGUUUUUGGAACGAUCUCAAAACAAUACAAACGAAGCAGUCACGAUUCAUAUCGAAGCUUUGGAAUUGUCAUUGGAUUUGGAAGCAGUCAUGACACAACGAGAGCAGAAAUGGACCACUGAGUUUAAUUUAUUUAGAAAGGAUGGUGACGUGCAACGGGAUAAUUUAAUAACAGUAUUGAUAAAAGUCUCUCGAUCUGCUACAGGAACAACUUCCUCCUUCGGAUUUCAACUAUAUAAAAAGAAGGAUGUGGUUCAUUCCACUAAAUUGAACAUGAAACAAUUAAAGAAAAUUCCAGUCUCAAAUAUUGAACCAGGAAUUUAUGAAGUGGUCGUGCAUCCAAUUGUGACUGAUGGAUUAAAUCCAUUAAAUGUCAAGAUUUCUGCGUACGAAGAAAGAAGCUCGACAUCCACAUCGACAGGAACUACAGGAACGUUUUUAGAAGGUUCUCAAGAUCUUGUGGCACUCAGUUCAAGAUCGUACCUUCAUCAUGAAGUGGCACAAGGAGUUGCACAAACUUCUGAUUGGGCCUCUGAUCGAUUUAUUAUUUAUGGUAGAAGUAACAUGACUACUCCUAUUACUGCUCACAUUUCUGUGUCUGUUUCCUUGUCAAAACCACUCGCUCAAGACUCUUACCUCAAUGAGUAUAAAGUAUUUGUGUAUCGAGUUGGUGACGACACACCUGUCAUGGAAAUUUCACAACACGAACUCGGUCAAUUAUGUACUCACUUGGUAACAAGAAUUUUCUAUGCCUAUAACGUUAAAAAGAGCGUCAAAGAAUUGGAUGAUAUCAUUGCAGUUUGUGACAGUUAUGGUACUGUUCAAGACAAAUCCAAAAAUCAAAACGAUCAAAACUCCAUAUCGGUACGACCUGAGCCAAUGGUUAAAGUCAGAGAAAUUGCUGUCAACAAAAAAGAACAAUUGAUUGAUUAUUUCCGACGAAACAAGGAAAUUAAAAAGGGAAUUGAAGAAAAGAAUCUCACCGUUCUUCUCAACUACAUGAGAGACAAAACGACCUUCGAUGAAGCAUUACCUCUCACAAAAGAAGCUCAACAAGUGGUUCAAGAAAUGGAAGCAAAAACCAAGUUUGAAAACGAAAUUUAUGGAAUUUUACAACAAGAAGCACUUCGAUUCGCUAAAAAACAUCCUCAUUAUGACAUUCAAGAAAUUUUCGCAGAACAUGAUCAAACCUUGGAAAAGUAUUACAAAAGUAUCCAAAAAGAAGAAAAGGAAAAUGGAGGCAAAAAUUGUGGACCCAUGUCCUAUGUUCUGAAAACAUUGUAUGAAACGAUCAAGUUAGUGAAAGAUGAAAUUAUGAAUAAUCACUUGGAAUCAUCAAAGAAGGAUCUCAUGACCAAACAAGUGGUGUGGAGAAGGAUGGCUCAAACAUCGUCAGACGAUCAAGAUCGUGACGAAUGGAAAGUGAAAUUGGAUAAUGAUGAAGAUGAAGUGUUCUUCUUUGAAGAAGAAUAUGAAGAUUCUGAUGACGAUUUGGAUUUCGAUUCUGAUGACGAAAAGAAGAAACCUGAAACACCAACCAAGAAGGGUGCUAAUCCUUUAUUGGGCAAACUCUUCUCAUCACUUUCAAAACCUCCCAGCAAAUCAAAUCUCAAUUUAGGUUUUAUUGCAUUGAUGGGAUUUGCCUUGUAUAAUACUGAUCAAAUUGUUCGAAAAGAAGGUGACAGUAAUACAAUGGUCAGCAAAUUAUCACAAGAAAAUUUCAUGUCCAUCUACAGAGUCGCUCGUUAUGUCAUUGUUUACGGUUUGAGACAUGUCAAGAAAAAUUCCAUAGUUCAAGAAAAGCUUACUGCUGCCAUUGUUGAUCAACUCACUAGUAAGAUUGAGUUCACUAUCAAUUCUCUUGAAAAAUAUUUACCAAAAGAAGAAGUGACAAGAAUGAGAAAAAUCAUUUAUGCCAUCAAUGACAGAAACGAUGCACGAUUCGAGUCACUGCUCACAAAGAGCGAGCUCACAGCUUGGAAAGAAAAGAAACAACGAGAAGAACGUUCCUUUACUUCUAUUCUUCAAAGGAAUUUGGAUUCUCCAAAAACACCAAAAUCACCUGUGGAUGAAAGUUCUAUUCGUAAAAUUGAAGACAAGCCAUUACCAUUGCCAGCAAAAGUCACAAAGGAUAUGAGUGACUCUGAUGACGAUUCAUCCAUCGAUAUUAGUGACAGUGACGAAGAAUCUCCAAGAGAGAAACCAAAGAAAGACAAUACUCCACAGAACAAACCUCAACCAUCACAACCUCCACAACCUCCACAAGUGAUUGAAGAAGUUGCAGAAGAUGAAAUUGUUGUCAAAUAUGAUAUUACUGGCAUUGAUCAAAUUCCACAUUUGAAUUUAACGAAUCCUGAAGAAUUCAUUCAACUCUUUGUCAAUCAAGUGGAUUUACUCGUAUUUUAUUUGGAGAAACAAGUCAAGCUCACUGGAGCAUCAUUGGAAUCUCUGUGUGAUGAACAUAACAAGGAUAAUUUAAUUUCUGCCUACUUUAGAAAAUCCAUCUUACCAGCAUUUCGAGCGUUGUUUAUUGGACCAUUUGAAAAUCCAGGAGAUGUUUUCACCAAUGAAGAAGCAUAUAAUUUUAACUAUUUACUUGACGUUGCAAGAAGUGGCGUUCAAAAUGCAAACAUUACUACCAUCAUUGAAGGAAUUUUCAAAGUUCAAAAAGAAAUUACCAUCAAUGAUUUAUGGUUGGAAGAUCCUGAUCAUUUCAAAUCCACUCGAUUCAAUGCAUUUUGGUGUCAUCUCUUUAACACAAAGAAAGCUCUUCCAGUUUUUGACGAAAUUUGCUCACAAAAUUAUUAUUCAGGAUUCUAUAUUAAGAAACCACCAAAAUUUGCACAUCCUUUGGUGAGAGCAGCUUUUGAAAAAUUAUGUCAACUUCCACUCGCAUUGAGUGGUGAUCCAUUCUUGAAUCAAUAUGAUCCUUGUGUCUUGGAAGAAGGUGAAAUUAUUGAAGAAGAACAAGUCUAG